AUCUUUAAAGCAUUGGACGUUGUAAAAAGUAAUACACAAUGCAAUGUUAACGAAGCGCCAGUUAAAAAUAGCGUAUAUAAAAAACCAUUUAGCGACAAUCCGGAUUUCAAUGCAACCUUAAAAAAUAAUGAUAGUUAUAACUUAGAUCUAUCGAAAACCAUUGAAGAAGCCGAAAUUAUAUUUUUAAACAAUGGUGGUAAGUAAUCAUUAAACCUCUAUGUAGCUAAACAAACUUGGCAUCUAAUUGUAGAUGUACCAAUAAGCGAACUUAUGGUUGCAUCCAAUAAUGCUGAAUGUAUAUUAUCUGAGGAACAAGAAAUUCAAAUGCUGGUAAAGGACAGAAGGGAAGAAACAUUAGCUUCAGUGGACUUCAAUAUGGAAGUUGACCGGAUAUUUAAUGAAAUACCUUCCUGUUCAGCAGUACAACCUAGUAGAUCUGAGGUAACUAUCAAUAUUCACGAGACACUGAUUAAGGAAAACAUUUAUGGAGAAACGGAUAAUAACGAUCCCGAUUUUAAUCCAGCCUUAAAAAAUUAGGAUACCUCUGACUCAGAAGAUGACCCUAUUGCCGUGCCAAGUAAUUUACCGGACGACAACAUAUUGGAAGAUGAAAACCCAAGACGAAAACGAUCAACAAAAUACGAAGUAAACAGAAACGAAUGGUAUGAAAAUAGAAACCGAAUAAAUAGAGAAAAAGGAAAAUCCUAUUUAGGGAAAAAAAAGGAAGUGGAGGUAUGAUACUGUACAGGAACCAAGAUUACUAAAAGAGGCCUGUAACUGUAAACUAAGUGCAAAUCCAAAAUGUAUUUUGAAAUGUAGACAGAUAGCGGAAAAUGAGAGAGAAAUUAUUUUUACGCAGUUCUGGAAAUAUACUUGGGCAGAAAAGAAGAUGUUCGUAAAAAACCAUGUGUCCGUAGAAACCACUAGUAGAAAGAGAGGAUAUAGAGAAGUUUCUAGAAGAUCAUAUUCGCAUAAUUUUUUUUUGGGCAAGGCCAGACUAAGGAUGUGUAAAGUAAUGUUUCUUAACACAUUAGGGGUGAACGAGUGGGUUAUAAAAAAGUGGACAAAAAAUAGCGACCAAGUCCAUUUUAACCAGACUGAAAUACCUGAUAAAAUUAAUAUUUCUGUUCGUUUGCUGCAUGAGUUUUUUGAAACUCUACCAAAGUUAGAGUCGCAUUACUGUAGGGCUUCUACCGCUAAGCUCUAUUUAGAACCUAUUUGGAAUUCUAAAGCCCAUUUAUAUAAGGUUUAUAAAAACGACUACUGCAAAACACGUAAUGAAAAAUCUGUAUCAAUUGCCACUUUUCAUAAGGAAUUUGACAAAAAAAGGUUGUCGCUUUAUAAACCAAAAAAAGAUCUAUGCGACUGUUGUGUCGCUUAUCAAACAGGCAAUUUAACAGAAGAAAAGUACAAUGAACACAUAACAUUGAAAAAUGAAGCAAGAAACGAAAAGAGUGCAGAUAAAGAGUCUCAAGAUGAAGUCUUAGCAAUGGAUCUCCAAUCGGUUUUGCUCUCUCCAAAAUCUAAUGUUUCUUCGCUUUAUUACAAGACCAAAUUAAUCGUUCAUAAUUUCACAAUAUUUGACGUCAAGCGCAAACAAGGUUAUUGCUACCUGUGGAAUGAGUCUGAAGGCGGAUUAACAAGUAACGAAUUUUCAAGCAUCAUAAUUCAUUUUCUGAAGGGACAUCUAGAACAAUAUCAAUUAGAAAAUCAAAAUGAAAUUAAAAUUAUAUUAUGGAGUGACGGGUGUGGAUACCAGAACAGAAACACAACUUUAUCAAAUGGUCUGUUUAAUUUUGCACUGGAAAAGAAUGUAACUGUGGUACAAAAAUAUUUACAUAAGGGCCAUACACAAAUGGAAGUGGACAGCGUUCACUCUGUUAUCGAAAGAAAGAUCCGAAACAAGAAAAUCAAUAUUCCCGCAGAUUACGUAUUUAUUUGUAAAACAGCAUGUCAAAAAACUCCUUACAAAGUUGAGUACCUUAUGCACGACUUCUUUAAAAAAUAUGAUGAACUAAAAUAUUUCAAAUCCAUUCGACCAGAAAUAAUCGCUGGAGCACCAUUAGUAAACGAUAUAAAAGCCUUGAAGUACUCAAAUGAUGGAGUUUUUUUAAACUUCGUCAUUCAGAAAAAGAUUGGCAAGCUCUUCCAACAAGGUUGAACAUAAAAUCUAUUAAGGCAACUAAUAUAGAUAACUUACCGAUACUACACAAAAAUAGGCUAAAAAUUAAAGCAGAAAAAUAUGGACACCUCCAACAGCUUAAGUUAAGCAUGGAAAGCGAUUAUCACGAUUUCUAUAAUAAUCUACCUCAUGAUUAAUCUUUUUUAAAUUAAGUUCUUAAAUGUUCUACUUUUAUAAAUAAAAAUAUUUUCAUAUUCAUUUUCUUAUUAUUUUAUUGCUAUAGCUUUAUUGGUAAGAAAAAUGCCUAUCUCCAAUUUUUAAAUUAAAAUAUAAAAAAGAAAAUUACCUAUCUCCAUUUUUUAUAAAAAUUAAUGAUUAA